AUGGCGUUGAGAGGAAACACUUCCCCUCCAGGCCGUACAAGAUUUUCUACAGGGGGUAUACGACGUCUCGCUGUAGAAACAAGGCCAUGGACAAUCCGCAUCAAAGACGCAUCUCGCUGCCUGGCCUUUUGCAUUGGACCUAACGGCAAAGAGCAAGGAUCCAGCCCUACAACGAAUACGUGGCAAGCAGCAAACGUCGACCUCAACCACGUGGUGAGAGCUCUCUGGGCAGCUCUGGCGGGCGGCUUGUUGAUGGCUGGCCAAAAUCUGCGCGUACAGCGGCCGAUCCCAUUCCCCAUCUCCCUAAGGCCAGCAGAAGGGCCAGAUCAAAUGGCGGGGAAUCCCCUCUUGAUUCCGCAAGAUGCCAUUGAGCCCCCUCUGGCGCAAUUUUUGGACGCCGAGCACAGGGAGGGCUCGGGAGGCCAAGGCCGCGGCGGUUAUUCAACCUGA